GUCUUUUAUGCAUCAAACCAAGCAUAUUCAUCACAAGAGCACAACUAGAGAGAUAGAGAGAAACAGAGAAAAUGAAGAGUUUCAUUUCCAAAGAGUCCAUUGUCCUACUAGUAAUUCUUCUUUCGGCAAUAUGCUUGGUCGCUGAAGCUCAACAAUGUCGUCCAAGCGGCAAAAUCAGAGGAAGGAAGGCUCCGCCUGGACAAUGCAACCAGGAAAAUGAUUCUGAUUGUUGUAAGCCGGGCAAAAUGUACCCAACCUACACAUGUUCACCGCCAUUGUCUGGGAGCACCAAGGCCACCCUCACCAUUAACAGUUUCGAAAAAGGUGGAGAUGGUGGCGGUCCAUCAGAAUGUGACAACCAAUACCACAAUGACAACACACCAGUUGUGGCUCUGUCCACUGGAUGGUAUAGCAACGGAGAUAGGUGCCAUAAACAAAUCAGAAUUAAUGGUAACGGACGUAGCGUGUUGGCCAUGGUGGUGGAUGAAUGUGACUCUACUGAGGGAUGUGAUGCAGAUCAUGAUUACCAACCUCCUUGUCCUAACAACAUUGUUGAUGCCUCAAAAGCUGUUUGGAAAGCCUUGGGUGUGCCUGAAGACCAAUGGGGUGGCCUAGAUAUCACUUGGUCCGAAGCUUAGUUACAUUAAUUAAUUUCUGUCUUGCUUUGCGUAUAUGAUCAUUGUGGAUUGUAUUCUAUAAUAUGUUACAAGUACUAUACUAUUUAAGAAGUCAAUAUAUUUAAACUUGUUUUUCUUAUACUUUGUUUAUUGUAAAUUAUAAAGUAAUAUUACAUAAUCAUAUACAUAUCACUCGA